UACGUCAAAAUUAGGCCUAAUUCAAUAUGUCUAUUCCUAUAAUUUUCUUGUUUUCUCUCUUAAUCUUGAGUUUCUACAUUCCCAAGAACAAUGCCUUCUCCAAACCCAUCACAAAGGAAGAAAUGGGGCUUAAGAAACAACAAAACUUAACCCAUCUACACUUUUACUUUCAUGACUACGUCCAAGGUUCUAACCAAACCGCGCUACGUAUCGCUCAAGCUCCAAGCACAAACAAAUCUUCUAGUGGUUUUGGGGCGCUUGUUAUGAUCGAUGAUCCUUUGACUGAAGGCCCUGAACAUGACUCAAAAAUUGUAGGGUACGCGCAAGGAAUGUACGGUUUUGCGGACCAAAAGCAACCGGGACUAGUGAUGGUGAUGAACUAUGUGUUUGUAGAGGGUGAAUAUAAUGGAAGUACAUUAAGUUUAUUAGGGAGGAAUCAAGUGAUGAAUAAAGUAAGAGAAAUGAGUAUUGUUGGUGGGAGUGGUGUGUUUAGGUUUGCUACCGGGUAUGCACAAGCUAAGACCGUUACUCUCUUGGAUAAAUUUGGUGCUAGUGUUGUUGAAUAUGAUGUUUAUGUUCAACAUUAAUUAGUUUAUUUAAGCAUGUAAAAAAUAUUGUUUUGUUUUAAUUUCUUUACAUGAAUGAUUCUUGUCUUUUCCUUCUAUCAUAUUAUCCGAAUAUUGGAUUCCAACUUUUGACAUUUGAAUCCAGAACUAGAAUGUAUAUUGGCAUAAUAUUAAGUUUAUGUCGUCUCAUGUCAAGUAAUGAAGGGUAAAUACCAAGUAUAGAGAUUUCUCUUUUUAGA